CCGCUCCCGGCGCCCUAGUCUUGGCGGGGUGUGGAGCUGUCACAGCGUCUCGGGACCCAGUGGCGGCGGCCCUGGGGAGGGGCGCGGUCGGUCCACGGCGGCCUUCCGCGGCCUUGGCAGCGGGGUUAGGCCGCUGCUUAAGGGGUCCGGCGCAGGCCACCAGGGCGGGCUAACGGAAACCGUGAGUCCCGCACUAAAUUGGAGCCGACUCGGCACUAGAGGCAUCGGCGGGAAAUGGCGGACGAGGCCUUGUUUUUGCUUCUCCAUAACGAGAUGGUGUCCGGAGUGUACAAGUCCGCCGAGCAAGGGGAAGUGGAAAAUGGACGAUGUAUUACUAAGCUGGAAACCAUGGGGUUUCGAGUGGGACAAGGAUUGAUAGAAAGGUUUACGAAAGAUACUGCAAGGUUCAAGGAUGAAUUAGACAUCAUGAAGUUCAUAUGUAAAGAUUUUUGGACUACAGUAUUCAAGAAACAAAUUGAUAAUCUAAGGACAAAUCAUCAGGGCAUAUAUGUGCUUCAGGACAACAAAUUUCGACUGCUUACUCAGCUCUCUGCGGGAAAACAGUAUUUAGAACAUGCAUCAAAGUAUCUAGCAUUUACAUGUGGCUUAAUCAGAGGUGGCUUGUCAAACUUGGGAAUAAAAAGUAUUGUAACAGCUGAAGUAUCUUCAAUGCCUGCCUGCAAAUUCCAGGUGAUGAUACAGAAGCUGUAGAGUGCAGUGAAACACGAGAGGCUGCUCCUGUGCAAAGUAUUGCAAGUGCUGAUCUCUGCUCACUGUUGGCGGUCUGUGCUGGAGCAAAGGGCUUACCUCACCAAUCGAAGGCUAUCAAUAAGGUCCUUUCACCAUGAUGUAAACUAGCUGAACUGUUUGACUAAUGUCAGUGAACUCGACACCAAGAUGUACAGCUCUUUAUUUUAAACAUCUUUAUUUCAUAGUGUUAUAUGUAUUUAACCAUAGAUUGAGAAGUGAAACUCAGGGUGUGUUGAAUUGCUGUAUAGAAAAAUAUGUACCAAUCAGAAUAGUCUCUAUUCAAAUGACCAAAAUUUGUUAAAGUAUAAAUGUGUUUUAGUUAUUUAAAAAAAGAAACCACUAUGCUAAAUUAAGCUUAAUUUUUAUUGUAUUGUUUAUAAUUUAUUUCUGACAAGAAUUUGUAUGCCUAUAUAAGGAUUUCAUUUAUACAUUGUAUGUUUAUAUGUAUAUAUAAAUACAUAUGUUACUGUCUAAA